AUGCACAGAACUUAUUCAUUGAGAAAUUCAAGGGCUCCAACCGCAUCCCAAUUACAAAAUCCCCCACCACCACCAGCUACCACCCGUGGUAAAUUCUUUGGCCGUGGAGGUAUUGCUUAUGCCUUUAGACGUGGUGCAGCUGGUGUUUUUGGUCCUGAAUUAGCCCGUAAAUUGUCUCAACUAGUCAAAAUCGAAAAAAAUGUUCUACGUUCUAUGGAAAUCGUCGCAAAUGAACGUCGUGAUGCCGCUAAACAAUUAUCUCUUUGGGGUGUCGAAAACGAUGAUGAUGUCUCUGAUAUCACUGAUAAGUUAGGUGUAUUAAUCUACGAAAUUAGUGAAUUAGAUGACCAAUUCAUCGAUCGUUAUGACCAAUAUAGAUUGACUUUAAAAUCUAUUAGAGACAUCGAGGCUUCUGUACAACCAAGUCGUGACAGAAAGGACAAAAUCACUGAUAAAAUUGCAUAUUUGAAAUAUAAAGAUCCACUGUCUCCAAAGAUCGAAAUCCUAGAACAAGAACUCGUUCGUGCUGAAGCUGAGUGUCUUGUUGCAGAAGCACAAUUAUCUAACAUCACAAGAUCCAAACUGAGGGCAGCUUUCAAUUAUAAUUUCGAUUCCAUCAUUGAACAUUCUGAAAAAAUUGCAUUAAUUGCUGGUUACGGUAAAGCUUUAUUAGAACUGUUAGAUGAUUCUCCCGUCACACCUGGUGAAACAAGACCUGCUUAUGAUGGAUAUGAAGCAUCAAAACAAAUUAUUAUUGAUGCUGAAGCUGCAUUGAAUGAAUGGACUUUGGAUUCUGCUCAAGUCAAGCCAACUCUGUCAUUUAGACAAGAAUACGAAGACUAUGAAACUGAUGAAUCUGAAGAUGUCGGUGAUAUCGUAAAUGAAGAAAGUGAAAUAGCAGAUGAGGAAGCUGGUACUGCGUGGUCUAAUGAAGAGGAAGAACAAGAAGUCGAACAAGAAAUAGAACACGAUGAACCACAGAAGGUAGAAGCACAAUAA